CACUGCUGAACCAGUUCUGAUGACAACACGAUCAUCUUCGACGCUUAAAACGAGGAUUUCCCGUCUAAAGCUGCUUAACCUUCACUGCGCCUUUUGUGCAGCGCGUCCUGCGGGCGGCCCGUACGUACGUGACUUCCCGCCGUCAGAUGAGAACAGGAGAGGAGGCUGCAGUAUUUCCUCUUGUUUUGGCGCAUCCGUGGUCCCGAUUCCGCAUCCUUGAGGUCCUUUGGCUGGCUUGCGAGAUAAAGGGGGGAUGCUGGGAUGCUUGGAUGGCAGACAACAAGGGAUAGGAGGCAUGCAGUCAGGAAAAAAAUAAACAGACAAGCAUGCAGUCAACGGUAACACAACUGUGGAGCCUUUUCCAGAAGGAAUGGAGACGAUCAUGUUUGGUAUGGGUUGUUUCUGGGGCGCCGAGAAGCUUUUCUGGAGAGUUGCUGGGGUCUUCUCCACCCAGGUGGGCUUUGCCGGCGGCUUUACGCCCAACCCCACCUAUGAAGAGAUCUGCUCAGGUCUGACUGGGCACACUGAGGUUGUUAGGGUGGUCUUCUCUCCCAAAGACAUCGAUCUGGAGGAGCUGUUGAAACGCUUCUGGGAGAACCACGAUCCGACGCAAGGUAUGAAGCAGCACGCCGAUGUUGGGACUCAGUACCGUUCGGCCAUUUACACAUCCAGCGCCACUCAACAGGAGCUUGCUCUGAAUAGCAAAGUGGUCUACCAGACGGAGCUGGAGACAAAGGGCGUGGGGGGCAUCACAACAGAAAUUGUUGAGUUGCAGCAGUUUUACUAUGCCGAAGACUACCACCAGCAGUACCUGAAGAAGCAACCCCGAGGUCAUUGCCGUCCGAAAGGCACCGGCAUUUGCUGCCCCAUCGGCACAGGGAAAGAAGACUCGUAAGGAACGCUAAAGAGGAAUCUUAAAGGUUAUUCAUCUCUCCUGGUUAUUACAGAAGGUGUCUAUUCUGUGCUGAAUUAGACAAGUGUAGUAUUUUGCUCUUGAUUGGUAUUACAAUUCGAAAGUGUUCUCACUGUCAUUUUUCAAGUAGGAAAAAUAGUCACUGCAGUUGGGAGUUUAUUGCUUGCAGUAACCGUUUCAUUCCACAAGAUGGCAUUAAAUGAUUGUGUAAAUGUCUAUAUCUUUUACAAACUAAACCACCAGUCACUACUUUAGUAUAUGAGUAGUUGCAUUUCUUAUUAAUUUCUUAUUAUUACAUAAGACUGUUUUAUCAAAGCAAUAAUGUAUUAAUAACUGAUUUUGUUGUACCAAGGAGUAGAUGUUUGACGUAGCUUUAAUAAGUGUUUCUUUGAAAUACUAAUAAUUCAAGAAUUGUUUACCGUUACCAUUUACCUAAAUCCAACUUUGGCAAUGAGUCAAAUGCCAUAUUGUUCUUUAUGUUGAUGAGGUAAAUUCCAUCUGGCUGUGAAUUGCUCGUCACUUGUGCCGCCUCAUUUCAUUUCGUGCAAAUUAGUCACAGCUCUCAUAUUGAACCACAGCAUGUACGCAGAUGUAUGGACAACUACAAGAUACCUUAUGAAAUGUGUCCUCUCCCAAAUGAAUGCAUACAUUGUUGUUGUAAAUUCAAACAAAUCAAGCCCACAUCAUAUUAAAAAAAAACGUAAAUCAAACAGAUCGUAUCUCCAAAUAAGCCUUUUGGUCAACCGCAGUUUUGUUUCACCCUGCUCUCGUAUUUCCCCCUCCCUCUUAUUGAAUGUGUGUGUGUGCGUGUCACAUCCUGACACCUGUGUGUAGGUGUGGACCGGGGCACAGGUGCAGGUGCAACCUCUCGGGGCCUAUUUUCGUAUUGGGACAGAUAUUUUUGCAUGUGUCUGCAUGCAGCAAUGUGUAUGUGAGUGUGCGUACUGUACGUGCGCGUGUGCUGUGGCUUGCUUGAUGGAACCGCACUGAGAGGUAUGUGGUUGGGACAGCUAGUUGCUUCCCAGCACCUGGUUUUAAUUUAAUUUGGCACGCUGGCGUGUUUUUUUUUUUUGUGACCUCCUUAAGUAAAACGAUUGUAGACCUCUGCCAAGGCUGAACAAUAAUGCCAAAUAGUUUCAAGUGGCACACAGUUUAUAAGCGGAAACAAUGAAAAUAAUAAGUGCUGUUUUGUGGUGGCUGUAGCUGUUGAAUUCCAGUCCUGCCUGUGGUUGGUAAUAUUGCAUAAUUAAACGUCAAUAGUAAAGUGCAGAGGUUCUCGUCCGCAUUGAAUAGACUGGAGAUUUACGAAAAGUGCUUCCCGGUCAAGCACUCACGUAGACUUAAGCUCACAAAAGUUGGAUCGCAGUAUGAAGAGCUCAAAACAGCAGUCGGCACAAACAGAGGCGUCGCGUCCCAUUAGGCAAACCAGGCAAUUGCCUAGGGCCCCCAGCCAGCAGGGGCCCCCAGUGGGCCAACAGAUUUAGCACACGCAGCUUUACUGCACUGUCGCAGCGACAAGAGCGACAGUGCCAGUGAAAGCCUUGUGUCUGAGUUCCCUGAAGGGGCCCCUUCACUCGCUCACGUGACUCAGAGUGAGAGUGAGCGGCGAUUUGGCUUUUUUUUUAAUUGGCGUAUAUCCAAAAUGAAGAGAAGUUAUCCUUCUAGAAGCGACAAAAGAAAGGGGGGAAAAAAGCAGAAGAGGAGAAAAGGAAGCAAGACAGCGGUGAGUGUACUAUGUUACUGUAGUUUUAUGUGCUAAUGUAGUAGAAGCCAGGCACUUUGAGUGUCUUAAAAGCGCUCUAUGAGACCAAGGCGUUAUUAUACUUUUAUUAAAUAUGCUAUUGCUCCAAGUUCAACUGUCCCCCUUACUUGCACACGCUCGAAGGGCCCCAUGUUGCUUGUUGCCUGGUGCCCCCGGGGACCCUUUCUACGCCUCUGGGCACAAAGUCUAGAAAGCACCAAAGUCAGAAAAAAGUCACAAUCAGACUGAUUCAGAGGCACUUAAAAUUGUGGCAAAUGUCUUGAAAUUAUCCAUCCAUCCAUCAUCUUCCGCUUGCUCCGGGGUCAGGUCGCGGGGGCAGCAGCUUUAACAGAAAAGCUGAGACUUCCCUCUCCCUAGCCACUUCAAUCAGCUCCUCCGGUGGGAUCCCCAGGUGUUCCCAGGCCAGCCGAGAGACAUGGUCUCUCCAGCGUGUCCUGGGUCAUCCCCGGGGGCUCCCGCCGGUGGGACAUGCCCUGAACACCUCUCCGGGGAGGCAUCCGAACCAGAUGCCUG